AAACAUGACCAAAUCAGUUUUCUCCUUAUUCUUCUUCACAGUAUUAGUCUCUCUUUUGCUUUUUCUCGCGGCUGCAUCUGCAGGGAAUGCAACAAGUGAGUUGAGAUAUGAUGGCUGUGCUCCCAGAGAUACCGUCAGAGAAUGCAACAUGGUGCCGGGUGAGGAGGAGGAGAAGGAGGUGGUACGGAGGAUUCUGCAACCAAGGAGCUUUAUAAGCCCAAAACCGCUGCAGCGACAGCCGGCUUUACCCUGUAAGAUCGCCGGUAAUUGCAUCAAACCUGUUAAUGGGAAAGACGCAACUUGCACUUACUACGACCGUUGCCAACGUUCAGCUUAAAUUUUUCUUCUUCCUUUUAUCAUUGUAUUUUUUAUAUGCUGUUUGUUUUUCCAUUAAUCAUGUGUGUGUUUAUGAUAUUUUAGUCAAAG